AUGUUGCAAUCUACAAAGGUGAUGGCAGGCAAUCAUCAGUUGAAUCUUUUGAAGCAAUAUUUCCAAAGCCACUCACCCUACCGUUUCUAUUCCUCAUCGGGCAGAGCUACUUUUAUAAAUGCAAUACAAGUCGGUAGUUUAGAGAUUGUAAUAUAUUUGGUGGAAGAACUUCGUAUGUUGUCGGAAGGUAUCUAUAAAUGGCUUGGUGAUAACGACUAUAUGUACUUUGCAUCAAGAUAUGGUCGCUUUGAUAUCAUCCAGUAUCUAGAGUUAUCACCAGUGCAGUGGAAUUUUGCCAAGGCAUUUGCAAUAUCGCCACGAUCUGGUAACAUGGAUAUAGUGAAAUACUUUGGCCAAAAACAUUGGAAGAAUGAACCAGGAAUAACUGAAAACUCAAGAUAUAAUCCAUUUGAUAAUGCAGCAUUCAUGGGAAGAAUCGAUAUGAUCGAAUGGUUGAUCGAGAACAAAUCCGAUUAUCUAUCAUCAAGCUCAAUGCUUCACUAUGCAAUCCAAUCUGAUCAUCUACAAGUCAUCCAAUACUUGAUCCAACACAACAUCAUAUAUUUCCAAACAAUUUUCUUUGAUUUCCAACUUGGAUUCUAUUGCUCAAAAAUUUUAAACUAUGCUGCCAAGUAUAAUAGAUUCGAAAUUCUAAGGUACCUUCAUAAUAAUGGAGUUGGUGAAUGUUCAUCAGGUGCAAUUGAUUGUGCGGUAGACUCUAAAAACUUAGAGAUGAUACAGUGGUUCCACACAAACCGACCUGAAGUUAGAUUUAAAGAUGCUUUGGAUAAGGCAGCGAAAAAAGGAUAUCUUGAUAUCGCUCAAUGGAUAAAUAGGAACCGAACAGAGGGCUGUAAACUCCAGAAAACAAUGGAUAGUGUUGCAGAGAUUGAAAACCUUGAAAUGAUAGGGUGGAUUCAUCAGAAUCGUACAGAAGGUUGCUCACACAAGGCAAUGGUGAAAGCUGCUACCAAAGGAAACCUCCAAAUGGUUCGAUGGAUCCACUCAAAUAGAUCUGAAGGAUGCACUUACGAAGCUCUAAACAAUGCUGCUGCAAAUGGUCAUUUUGAAGUGGUACGAUUUUUAAGUGAGAAUAGAAGUGAAGGAUGUACUGUGGCUGCAAUGGACUAUUCAAAAACGUUAGAUAUCACAAAGUACCUUCAUGAAAAUAGAACUGAAGGAUGCUCUGCUGCCGCGUUAACGAAUGCUGCAAGUAAUGGCUCGUUAGAUAUCCUAAAGUUCCUUCAUGAGAAUAGAACAGAAUCCUUUGAUAAAUCAGCAUUUGACAUGGCAGUUAAAAACAACCACUUGGAUGUUGUGAAAUUUCUAUAUGAAAACAGAACAGAAGGAUGCAGUGAUUUUGUGAUGGACCUUGCAAGAAAUCUCGAUAUGAUAGAAUAUCUUCACUACAACCAAAUUGGAAAAUGUUCAGACGUAGUCAUGAACAAUGCAAUUUUAGAUAAUAAUCUGGACCUGGUUAAAUUCCUUAGUGAAAACAGAACUGAAACAUUCAAAUUUUCAACUAUAAUUCAAGCUGUCAGAAAAGAACAAAUUGAAAUGGUCAUCUAUAUACUUCAGAACAAUCCGCAAUGUUUAAAUAGUAAUUCUAAAGUUACAAUGCUUACCGCAUCCGCUGAAAAUAAUCAUUAUGAAAUGUUUAAAUGGUUGUUUAAACAUUUGGAUUACACUAUCGAGGAAAUCGCCAAAGUCAAUGAAGAUUUGUUCAGAAACAGCGAAUUAAUAAUAGAUCCAAUCAUAUUAGAAUAUUUGAAAAUAGAAAUUUUAAUCAAAUAA